AUGGCAGAAGCACUAGCAACAGCUUUCACAAAUAAUCUCUUGAUGUGCAGCAUCUGUCUGGGAGAGUAUGAGGACCCCCGUGUGUUGCCUUGCUAUCAUACAUUUUGCUAUGGUUGUAUAUCGGACCAUGCUUCACGCACACUGACUCCAAAUAGGAUAUUUGUGUGUCCCAUUUGCAGAGAAGAGACCAAGUUUCCAGCUGGUGGACUUAACCAACUGAAAAAGAAUUUCAUCUUCAGCAAGGCCAAGGAUAUCAUAACCCAGCAACGAGAGAGACAGACAUUAGAAGAGAAACAGACCAAUGUAGCAGCAGUGACACAGGCCAUUGCACAUAUGACCAUCAGUUGUGAGAAACAUCCUAAUAAUGAAUUAAAAUAUUACUGUGAAGAUGAAGAUAUUGUUGUAUGUGGUGACUGUGCAUCAACAGAUCAUUACAGACAUGGUAUUGUGCCAGUUGAUAAAGUUGCAAAAAGCAACAGAGAUAAAAUUAAAGCUGCCCUUGUGAAAACUAUAAAAACAUCGACCAGGUUUAAAGAGGCGGUUGCCAUGGAAACAAUUGAUGAUACAGGGGACAAUCAUAGCAGGAUAGCCACUAUCAAAAAUAUUAAAGAACAAGUUCACGGCAUGCGCACAUACAUUGAUCAGAGGGAAGAAACAUUGAUAUCAGAAGUGAAUUCUGCUUAUGAUAUCAGAAAGAAGCAGAAGGAGGCAAACAAAGACACCCUUGAAUUUCACCAUUCUUCCUUGCACAGUGCCUGUGACUUUGCCCAGGAACUGGUUACAAAUGGCACUGACUCUGAUAUCAUGGUUCAUGUUAGGUCUCUGAUUGAAAGGCUGGCAGCAAUGGAAAAAACACCUGUCCCUAUUCUAGACACACCAGCACAGAUAUCUUACAAACCUGGUGAGAUAUCUUCUGCCGGACUUGAAGCCAUGUUAGGACAGGUGACAGUACAGACACAACCUCCAUUAGCCGGAACAUAUCCAAGUUCACCAUCACAUCCUCCUGUUUUCUUGGGAAAACCACAAUGUGUGCAUUCCUUCAGUGCUAAUCUGAGAGAGGAUAGUAGACAAACAUCUAUAUCUGGGAUAGUCAUAGAUACAGACCUAAUGUAUAUUGUGGAUAAUAGCAAUGACAGAAUUAAAAUGUUUACACAUGCUGGAGAAAUUACAUUUUGCAUUAAACAUAACCGUCCACUUAAUGUGGCUGUGUCACAGACUGGUGACUUGUAUAUAACAUCAAACUAUGACAACUGUGUCAAAGUGUACUCCACCAGAGGUCAGCAGGUGACAACCAUGGGUCAGGGUCAACUGAAAGAACCAUAUGGUAUUACACUGAACAGACAAGGUGAUGUAAUGGUUUGUGACACAAAAGAGAAAUCCAUCUUCACAUUCCAUGCAGACAGUGGACAGCUCGUGAACACUUUUCCACUCUUUCUGUGUUCAGGACCACAGAACAUCACAGUGAACAGUGUGAAUGAUAACAUUAUAAUAUCAGACAUAAGCAUGGGCAUUGGCUGUGUACAUGUGCUGUCACCUACUGGUGAUUAUAUGUACCAGUAUGGCGGCAAAAAUGGUGAGGGUAAUGAUCAAAAAUGUUUACCAGAUGGGGUGUGCACAGACAGCUAUGGUCACAUCUUCAUUGCUGACUGGGGCAGUGGAUACUUCAAGAUAUUGGUACUAAGUCCCAAAGCAGAGUUUGUCAGAUACAUUGUCACUACUGACGAUAAAGAGGAUUGGCUACAAUAUGGCAUAGGAUUAGCCAUCAACCCUGCUGGCCAGCUGGUGGUGGGAGAGAAAAAUGGAAAAGUUAAGACAUUCCAGUACUUAGAGUAA